CGAUAUUUCACUGGUCUUAUCGCCCCUGCGCAGUGGCAAACACCAGCAAACACGUGUUACAGAACGGCGUCAGUAAAGUGGAUUGAAUUUUAUCAUUGUGUCAGUUUCGUGUUUGUGCCACGAAUAAUUCUUGAAAAUAUUAUUUGCGCUGUCUCAUUCGUCUCCAACUAAAUUAAGCUGCGAUUUCUUUUCUUGAAGAUUAGUGUAGAUUUUAUAUAGUGAUGGGGAAAAAAAGGAAGCUUGGAGAACCUGAAAAUGAAACCGAAUUCGAUCCGCCUCCUGCUCAUUUAGAAGUUAAACACCUUAAACACCAGGAAAAACGUUUAAUUAUUGUUUUGGAAGGAGCCCAAUUGGAAUCUGUGAAGGUUGGAGAUAAUUUUCAACUGUUGAAUUGUGAUGAUCAUGCAGGCUUCCUACGCAAAUUCGAUAGAGAGCCAGGAUCAUGUAGACCUGAUAUUACCCAUCAGUGCCUUUUAAUGUUGAUGGAUAGUCCAUUGAAUCGUGCUGGUCUUUUGCAGGUUUAUAUUCACACAGAAAAGAAUAUACUUAUUGAAAUCAACCCCCAAACUAGGAUACCUCGCACAUUCAAGAGAUUUGCUGGUCUGAUGGUUCAACUUCUCCACCGCUUUAAUGUGCGAGCUUCUGAUGCAAACAUGAAACUGUUAAAGGUUAUUAAGAAUCCUAUAACAGAUCAUUUGCCUGUAGGCUGUAAGAAAUAUGGUACUUCAUUUUCUUCAACAAAACUAAUUAAUCCUCGUGAAUUAGUUUCUACUGAAGAUCCUGUUGUUGUAAUUGUAGGAGCAAUGGCUCAUGGAAAGGUUGAUGUAGAUUAUGUAGAAGAGACAUUUUCUUUGAGCAAUUACCCAUUAUCUGCUGCACUAACUUGUACAAAACUAUGCUCUGCAUUUGAAGAUGUUUGGGGUAUUGUAUGAUACAAAUGCAUUUUGUAUCAGAAGAAUUCAUUGAGGACAUGUACGCAUUAAAUUUGAGUCUGUGUUUGUAAGAUAAAAUGACAAUUUGAUAUUCGUCUAUUUGUGCAAAAUAGAAUCAACUGUUCUUGUUUGUAAUAUAUAAAGCUAUAGGAUUAAGAACUGGCUAUAAUAAAGUGAAAUUUUAUAAACUUAUUAA